AUGUUUGCUCCCCAGCAGUAUACUGACGUGGUGGACAUUGGCCGGAAGAGGCAGCGAGACGAGGCUGAAUUGGCCAACGGGCCUGCUGGCUUCUCCGAGCACCGCGCCCGUAACCAGAAACGCGUUCAAUGCCUCCCCGUCCGGACCUCGCCGACGCCCAUGACGAUGCAGCAAAAUAUGUGGUCUUCCGCAACCAUGGCUUCAGGUAUGGGUGAAGCAGACUUUGUCCCAAACGCAAACUAUUCGACCUGGCAAACUUCGCCACAUAUUUACCAGCAAAUGACUGCUAUGGGUUCCGUCGAGAUACAGUCCGCGGUACCGAGCCACCUUCAACCGGACGCCGCAGCUGGUCGCAUCCCGACGCCCAUGCAACCCAGCUUCGCCGACCAGCUCCGAGGUCAGCAGUGGGCUAAUUCGACGAGUGCCGCUGGACGCCACGGCAUCGUGAACUUGGGCCACCACCAAGUCGGAAUUGCUGAACCACCCUGUGCCCAAUGCGACGCGCCACCAGGCCAAGAUUGGCAGCCUCUGCAGAGCAAUAGAAGACUUCCUUCGCCAAUAUCGGAAUCAGAAGAUUGCAUGGCAUAUUCUCCCGGAAAUUAUGCCGCGCUUCAGGCCAUGGAACACCCAAACGCCAUGAUGGAUAUCGAGACCCAACGACCAUGCGCAUCCGACGAUGGAGAGGGCGAACCAGACUCUCCCAACUCUCACCGAAAGGGCCAUACCCGAAGCCGACACACUGUUAAUACCUGGACAUGGCAACCUGGCAUGAAGCGCAGUUUCAGCAUAGGAUACCGGUCCGACUGCGAUAAGUGCCGCGACAAAGUGCCUGGCCACUUCAAUCACAUCAUUAUCUCAUAG